AUGGCCCCGAAUCUUUUUGAUUCUAAUUUUCGCACAUUAAAUUUCGAUUUUGAAUCUUUUAUCUAUGCGAACGAAAUUCUUAAACCAGUUACACCAAAGACAAAUGGGAACAAGAAACAAGACGGUCAAAAAACUGUUUGCAAACAUUGGUUAAUUGGAAUCUGCUUUCGUAAUCAAUGUUCAUAUUUGCAUACUUAUGAUUUUAACAACAUGCCUAUAUGUCCUACGAUGAAAGGCAUGAAUUAUAUUCAAAAAAUUGGAUCAGGUGAAAAAAAAACCAUAGCAAAGGAUCUAAAAGAUUUUCUCUUUAUGUCACAGCUCAUGGAAAAUGGAUUAAGCUACGUAGAAGAUGUGGAGACUACAUGCGGGGAUUUUGUAGUCGCGGGCCUGUUUGUCCAAACAAACAUAUUCGACGUAUCAUAUGCCCUUUGUACAUUACGGGAUUUUGUCCUCAGGGACCAAAUUGUAUCCAAAACAUAUCAAUCUCUUCGAACAAUCUCGCAAUACGAUGAAUCUUCCAUGCGAGAAGAGAGGAAGGG